AUUUACUUUUUAUUUUGUUUAGAUGCCUGCAUCGCACUCUUGGGGGAACACCCAAUCGCUGAGGGCAGUCAUAAAGUUGAAAUCACCUGUAAAACUCCUAAAAAAUGCAAAGACGGGAUAAGUAACGGCAGCGACUUUGGCUACGGCCUAACACACAGGGUGCUAUAUUUACUGUUAUCACGAUUUGCCCGGGGUUGCUCAGUUUUCUCCUUGAAGGAGGACAAAUUUAAGUUGGACAAGUACUGCAUGAGGGCCUUUAAUGAGGCUCAGUUCAUCGCUGGGCAAGGCUAUAAAAAACCGGACCUGAUGAUGGAACAGAUCGUUAUCUGCACUCUAAUAGGACACGCACAGUUCCUCCAAGUCGAUUGGAUUAAACACUUUUUGACGUAUCAAACCUCUUCGGGUUGCUUCACCGAUGAUUCAUCGCUCUUGGGGGUGAAUGAAUUGCCGAUGGUGGAGGUUCCUGGGGACGACUGGACGUUAUCUAACAACGUUAUCAUGAACGGGGCUUGUAAUGGUCACACCACAGCCGUUGCUUCAGCCAUGUUGGCCUCCGUACUAAGAUACAUUCUUGAGCAUAAUAAUAGCAGUACCACUUAGGUU